GAAAGAAAGAAAGAAAGAAGUAGUGUGUGACCGUGGACGCAGUGUAGGGAGUCUCUACGCGGCUGCUCCACUCAUGUUUGUCCACUAGUGAGAAGGAGACAUGCAUUCCGCGGGCAGGUCGUGGCUGCUGCUUACGGGCUUCGUGCUUUUCUAUGUCAUCUACCUGUUGUUCGGCGCGCUGGUUUUCUCGAGCAUCGAGCGGCCGGUGGAGGACAAGCUGCGACAUGACAUGGAGACGCUGAAGCAGGAGUUUCUGAACUUGAGCUGCGUCAACCCCGCGUCCCUCGAGCGCUUUCUGGUCCAAGUCCUGGCGGCCAACAAGUACGGCGUCUCCGUCCUCAGAAACUCCUCCGCCACGUCCAACUGGGACCUGGCAUCGUCCAUGUUCUUCGCCAACACUCUGGUCACCACCGUGGGUUAUGGCCACACCACUCCUCUGUCGGACACUGGGAAGGCCUUCUCCAUUGUCUACGCCCUGUUGGGAGUCCCCUUCACAAUGCUGGUGCUCACUGCCUGCGUCCAAAGGCUCAUGUACCCGUUGGUCCUCGCUCCAGUUGGCCUCCUGCAGCGCUCUGGGAUGGAGCCGCGGUCGGCCACUGCUGUUCACUUCCUGCUGCUGCUGCUCAUGGUGGUGCUGUGCUUCUUACUGGCACCAGCAGCAAUUUUCAGCCUUUUGGAGGUGUCCUGGUCGUUUUUGGAUGGCGUGUACUUUUGUUUCAUCUCGCUGUGCACCAUUGGACUCGGCGACUUUGUUCCAGGGACGCAGCCAGGGCAGCAGUACAGGCCGCUGUAUCAGGUCUCUGUCAUGGUCUACCUGUUUGUGGGUCUGAUGAUGAUGUUCCUCCUGCUGCACACCUUCCACAAAAUGGCCGACCUGCACGGCCUGACCACCUUCCUGCAGCUGCCACACUGUGAGGAGACUGACGAGGACAGGGAGCCCAUUGUGGACAACAAGCUUGAAGAAGAGUCGUCCUACCCGUCAGACAAAGCUGCCAGUAAACCCCUGGAGCCGGGAUCGCAGCCUUCGUACAACACCAUCAACAAAGGCUGAACUGUGGAGGAAACGAACUGGGGCUCUACCUCUGACGGCGAGCUGAAUCUCAAUUCUCGUCUACAUUUUUUUUCCUUCUCCCUUAUUUGUCUUCCCAAGUGGAAAAAACACCUUUAGAAGUGAGCAAUAUUUACAACGAUGAGAGUUUUGAAAUUUAGCUUUUAUGAGAAAAUAGUUAAGUGACUGGUCACUAUUAUCACUUCCCGCACAUAAACGACUAUUUGAUGCAGACAAUGGUAACUCAUGUGGACCAGAAGGCACAGAAAAGCCCUUUUCCUGCUUCACACUGUGUAACUGUGGUGUGUUCAGUCUCAGGAUCACGCAUGAACGGCUCGUUCCAAAGCUUUUGAUACAUUUUUGGGUUUUUUUCAGAACACUUUUGAUUUGUGUAUCACAAUGUUGUGAUGUGUGUGUGUGUGUGUGUGUGUGUGUGUGUGCGUGUGUGGGGGUGCUGCUAGUUCAGGAUUAACAAUAGUAUCUUCAUGUGUCUGUGGACGCACCUGUUAUUUAAAUUU